AUUAUUGUUCUAGACUCAUUAGAAUUCUUGUUUAUUAAUGAGUAAAAGUAAAUUAUAAUAAAUAAUGUGGUAGUUUGAAUAAUGGUUGAAAUAUAAAACAAAUCAUUCUUGACCACUAGGCCCUUUGCAAUUCGACUUUAAAUUAUUAACGAUGAACACAAUUGCAAGUAUAAAUUAUAUUAACUUUAAUUAUUAUUUCUUAAUCGGUGGUUUAUUUCUUAGUUAUUUAGUUUAUCGAAUUUUUUGCUCGCUCUCUGGCGAUAACCUUUUCAUUCAUACAAAAUAUCGAGUUCGUGGACAUACAUGGAGAAAUAUAGAAUGCAAUAAAUCUAUUCCAUAUAACAUUUACUGCACAAUUUGUGGCAAGCUCAUGCUUCCUUUAGUGGGUCUCUUUUGUGAAUGCUGUGCACUAAGUGCUUGUAACAAAUGCCAUCGCGUAUUAGAUAAAAAGAUUCGAUGCAAACAAAUUACUUGGCCCUGUGAAAAACCUUUUUAUCAUCUUUGGGUUAAUGUUGGUACUGUUUCCAGAAGUACUGCUGAUCAUCAUGAAGAAGGAGAAAAUUUAAUAAAAUAUUUUUGUUCCUGGUGUCAAAGAACAAAAUUGAGUCCUGAAAAUAUAUUGUGUGAUACAGAGGAAUGUGAUUUGUUUAAAUAUAGAGACAUAAUUAUUCCUCCAACCAGUGUUCACAUUGAAAGGGGGAAAAUAAUUAGCAUUAAACCUCAAAAUGAAAAUAAUUGGGAACCAUUAAUAAUUUUUGCUAACCGAAAGUCGGGAAGUAAUAGAAGUGAUGAAGUUCUAUCAAUUUUUCGAGGCCUUCUGAAUCCUUUGCAGAUAAUUGACAUCAGUUUAAUGGGGCCUGAACAAGUAAUAAGGUGGUUGCCAGAACGCUGCAAAGUUCUUGUCGCAGGUGGAGAUGGCACUGUUGCCUGGGUGCUUAAUACACUUCAUACGGCCCCACAUAUCAAAGCAUCAGUUGGAAUUCUACCCAUGGGUACUGGCAAUGACCUAGCACGAGCUCUUGGAUGGGGAGCUGGAUGCUCAAAUUUAAAUGCAUAUUCUAUAAUAAAUUCAUUAAGACAAGCAAAGCUCCAAAUAUUGGACAGAUGGAAGAUAACCAUAAAGCCGAAGCGCGGUCGGCUGGGUCGGCUGCGCGCCGAGCGCGUGCUGUUCGCGUACAACUACGCGAGCGUGGGCGUGGACGCGCAGGUCGCGCUCGACUUCCACCGCGCGCGCUCGCAAUUCCUCUACCGGUAGCGGUAUCUCAACUAUAUAGCGUACGCGCUGCUGGGCGUGGGUCGCGCGCUGGACGACGGCGGCUGCGGCGGGCUGGAGCGGCGCCUGCGCGUGUGCGUGGGCCCGCAUGCGCACGAGCUCGCUCUGCCGCCGCUGCAGGCGCUCGUCGUGCUCAACAUCCCCUCCUGGGGCGCCGGCGUGGAUCUCUGGAGCUUAGGCAGUGAGGAAGAAGUAGGCGAGCAAUACGUAGACGACGGAAAAUUGGAGGUGGUAGGAGUAUCGUCAUCAUUCCAUAUAGCGCGACUUCAAUGCGGCUUAGCCGAGCCAUAUCGAUUUACGCAGACGUCUCAUGUACGAAUUGACUUGGAAGGUAGUUGCGCGAUGCAAGUGGACGGCGAACCUUGGAUGCAAGGUUCUGCCACCAUACUCGUAGAACCCGCUGGCCAAAGCACCAUGCUGCGACCAGCAACAUAAAUAAUAUUUUAACAUUUUCUAUUCCACAAUAUU